AGGUGAAACGAUUUUAGUGAAGUGAUUUGUUUUAUUUAAAUAAUCUUUUAGCGAGUACAAGUGCUGAAACAGUAACCAUUAACAAUUACAAUGAGUGCUGGUGGAAUGCUGUACGGUGGUGAUGAAAUCGGUGCUCUCGUGUUUGAUCCUGGUCACCAUUCUUUGCGCGUUGGUUACGCACAAGAAGACACUCCGAAAGCGGAGAUCCCUUCUGUUGUCGGCGUUGGACCGGGUGAUGCUCCUCUAAACAGUGAUUUGGAAACGAAAGCGGACAAUAAUGUGGGUAGCACAAAUAAGUACUAUGUCGACACCACAUUCGUCAGUGUUCCGCGAUCGAACAUGGAAAUCCAAACUUACAUGAAGGAUGGUAUGGUAGACAAUUGGGACCUAUUUGAGAAGGUGUUAGAUUAUGUCUACGCUAAGGUUAUCCAAUCGGAGUCAAUGUAUCAUCCGGUUCUUUUCUCGGAAGCGGCUUGGAAUGUGCGCAACAACAGAGAACGUUUGACGGAGCUUAUGUUUGAAAAAUAUAGUGUUCCUGCAUUCUUCUUAGUUAAAAAUGCUGUCCUCGCCGCUUUUGCGAAUGGCAGGGCAACGGCUUUAGUUGUAGAUAGUGGCGCGACUCAUACCUCUGCGGUUCCAGUUCAUGAGGGCUAUGUAUUAAGUCAGGCGGUGGUUAAGUCUCCUUUGGGUGGCGAUUAUCUAUCACUGCAAUGCCGUCAGUAUCUGGAAACUCAAAAUAUUGAUUUGACACCGGUUUACGGUAUCGCUGCCAAGGAUGUCAUAAAGGAACGCGAUAAUGCUCGUUUCACUCCGCGCCAGUUGCCUGAUAAAUUAACUACGUCAUGGCAGCAGUAUAUGUUGAAAGGUUUGCUGCAGGAUUUCCAGAUGUCAGUGGUGCAAGUGUUGGAAACUCCUUACGACGAACGAACUGCAGCGCAGAUCCCUGCGGUACAUUACGAGUUCCCGAAUGGGUAUCAUCAAGAUUUUGGUCCAGAACGCUUCAAGUUAGCCGAAAGUCUGUUUGAUCACACCAUGCUGGGAGCUGGUCAGUUGGCUUCAACCAGCGUGGGCAUGUGUGACGCUGAUGUUCGUUUGUCCCUUUACGGUUCGGUGGUGGUUACCGGUGGAAAUACACUGCUGCCAGGCUUUCCGGAACGCCUGAACCGAGAUUUACAGCAUCGUGCACCGUCGAACACUCGGCUGAAGAUGAUUUCCGCUAACGGCUCUGUAGAACGGCGGUUUGGAGCUUGGAUCGGUGGUUCAAUUCUAGCCAGCAUUGGCACGUUCCAGCAAAUGUGGAUUUCAUCCCAAGAAUACGAAGAAUCCGGCAAAAGCCAGGUGGAGAGGAAAUGUCCCUAAAUUCUAAAACGAACAGUGGUAGUUAUACAUUUUUGAUAAAAUUGAUGAAUAAUUUGAGAAUGUAGUGUGUAAAAUUUCAACCUUGACUUUACGGUAUUCGAUGUCUUGUUUCCGGAGAAAUAAAUAAGAGCUAAUUGUAGUACUGCAAUCAUUCGUCUCAUCAAAGAUUGUUUUAAAUUGAAAACUAUUUAUAUAGUUUAGAGAAAAAAAUGUGUCUGCCUGAUACGGCUUAUCAGCAU